AUGGAGUUUCUGAGCGAGAAGUUUGCCCUCAAGACCGCGCCGAGCAAGAACAGUGAUUUCUACAUGGGCGCGGGGGGCGCGUUGGAGCACGUUAUGGAGACCCUGGACAAUGAGUCCUUUUACGCCAAGGCGGCACCGGGCAAAUGCGUGCAGGCCUUUGGGCCGCCGCCCCGCGCCGAGCAGCACGUGCGCCUCGACAGGACCUCGCCCUGCCAGGACAGCGGCAGCGUGAACUAUGGGCUGACAAAAGUAGAGGGAGGACAAGCUCUGCACUCGGAACUCAACCGUGCCCUGGACAGCUGCAACAGCCUGGGCAUGUCCCCAGUGAAAGGAAUGCCCGAGAAAGAACUGGAUGAAUUAGGAGAUAAAUGCGACAGCAAUGUGUCCAGCAGCAAGAAGCGGAGACACAGAACCACCUUUACCAGCCUGCAGCUAGAGGAGCUGGAGAAAGUCUUUCAAAAAACCCAUUACCCUGAUGUGUAUGUCAGAGAACAGCUGGCUCUGAGGACAGAACUCACCGAAGCCAGGGUUCAGGUUUGGUUUCAAAAUCGAAGGGCCAAGUGGAGAAAAAGAGAACGUUAUGGCCAAAUCCAACAAGCUAAAAGCCAUUUUGCUGCCACUUAUGAUAUAUCAGUUUUACCCAGGACUGAUGGCUAUACACAGAUUCAAAACAAUUUGUGGGCAGGAAAUGCAAGCAGCGGUUCUGUGGUUACUUCAUGCAUGUUACCACGUGACACGUCCUCCUGUAUGACACCUUAUUCUCACUCGUCUCGGACAGACUCCAGUUACACGGGCUUUUCCAACCACCAGAACCAGUUCAGCCACGUGCCCCUCAACAAUUUCUUUACUGACUCUCUUCUAACGGGGGCCACCAAUGGACACGCGUUUGAAACAAAGCCCGAGUUCGAAAGAAGGUCUUCCAGUAUUGCUGUUCUUCGAAUGAAAGCCAAGGAGCACACUGCCAAUAUUUCCUGGGCUAUGUAA